AUUGACCACACACAAUCUCCCCACGGUUUCAUCACCUUUUUUCACACACAAACACUUUGUACUGGUAUAUAUAUAUGCACACACUGACACACACAUGCAUAAGGUUGUCACGUUCAAGAAUUACGAAACCAUUAAAUCUAAACCAUGGAUGCGAGGGAAACGCGACUGACGUGCGCCAUGAACACCUCCUUCUCUACCGGAGGCUCCUCAAGCGCCUCCGGAAAACACCCUACCCUUCAUGGGAUACGUAGCCGGAAUGGGAAGUGGGUGGCGGAGAUUCGUGAACCACGUAAAUCCUCCCGUAUAUGGCUUGGAACAUAUCCGACUGCGGAGAUGGCUGCAGCAGCUUAUGACGUAGCGGCUCUGGCACUCAAGGGUGGUGAUGCAAUGUUGAAUUUCCAAGAGUUUGUUGGAUCUUAUCGAGUGCCGGAGUCACCGGAACCUGCCUUGAUAAGGAGUGCAGCGGGGGAAGCGGCGGAGUUGAUGAAGUUGUUCAGGGAAAAGGAAGACGACCACAAGAAACAAGGUGGUGACGAGGGAGAGACGCAUCAGAAUGAUGAGUUCAUGGAUGAAGAAGCAAUUUUUGAUAUGCCGAAUCUUUUGGUGGAUAUGGCGGAGGGAAUGAUGGUGAGCCCGCCCCGGCAGCCGACAACUGUUGAAUGGUCAUCGGGGAACUCUUCUGAGUGUGACAACUUGUGGAGCUAUUAAUUUUAUUUUAAAAAUAAUACAGCUUUAAGGAAAAGACGUUUUAUCAUUUUUCAUAGAUGAUAGGUCGUUUCUUCAUAGGUCGUUUCAUGUAAAUAUAUCCAUAAAAUAAGAAACAAUAAAGCAUUCGGUUGUUUCACCGUUUGAAAUCCUCUUAAUACUAAGGUGGGACCCAUGUAAAUGACCCAUACCUUUUAAAAGUAUUCGCAAUGCGUAAAUUUUUUUCUCACAUGUAAAUUUUGUCAAUUCAGAUUUUUGUUGUUGCUUUUAUGUAAUUAAACCCAUUCAUAUUAUCAACAUA